UUCUAGGGCCAUGGAAGGGCUGGUCGAGGCUGGCCCAUGCACCGUACAUGUGGUUUUCGAUGGGCGGGAACAUUCAGCCGACAGGAAUUCCAUUUCGGUCACUGAGGAUUGGCAAAUUCCUGCGGUUGUAUGUUACUGCGACAACAAAACCGUAGAUGGUGUCCAGUUCGAUAGAGAUGAUGGAAGGGAAGAACAAAAAGCGAAUUCAAUUUAAUUCCCUUCCAUGCCCUCCCUCGUACUUCAUCCAAUCCAUCCAAUCCCUCCAAUCCUGUUCCCAUUAUUCCUCUUCGUUCUUGUCCCAACCAUCGAUGACCGCGCAGUCGUAUUCGCCCGCACCCGGAAGAACGUCGGACUCGUUCAGGCUUUCUCUAGUAUGAUACCUCGCCAAUGUUUAGCAUGUAUGUGUCCUCUUGAUGAGGAGGCACUUAAAAAGCAGACCGGUAGUGAGCUGCUAAUGACGAAUGGUACUCAGUCUCGGAUGAAUGACGCAACGCCAACAAGAAGAGAAUCAAGCUGGUAUGCACCAGUGGCUCGAAUGCAACAGGAGAAAAUAUGAAACGGGUGUUGAAGCAAUAGCUCAGUAGGCGGCGGCG